AUGAUGGCUGGCAAGUUUCUCAGCCCCAACCCCCCACAUGCGGACUCCCGUUCGCGGGCCACAAGUAAUGCCGACACCAUUGCUCCGGACGGGUCCAACCCGUUUCUCACGCCGUCCGGCACAACCGCUGCUCCCAGUACUGCUGGUGCAAGCCUCGACCUUGAGGACGUUGAGUCGUCUCUGAGUCCCGAUCCCGGCACGGAACGUGACUUUCACGUGGACAAUAAUCCGUUUGCCUUUUCCCCUGGUCAACUAAACAAAUUGCUGAACCCCAAGUCGCUUUCAGCAUUCAGAGCUCUCGGCGGGCUGCGGGGCAUCGCUCGCGGCGUCCAAACCGACGUGCGGAGCGGUCUUAGCGUCGACGAAGCAGGCGUCAGGUCCAGAAUUAGCUUCAAUGAGGCAGUUGACAGCCACAACUUUGGCAAACCGGCUUCGCCAUCGACCGAGAAGCAUGUGCCGUCUUCUGGAGCACCUUUCGUUGAUCGUACUCGCGUGUACGGGCGCAACGUGCUCCCCCCAAAGAAGCCCAAGUCGAUAUGGAAGCUGAUGUGGAUUGCCUUUAACGAAACGGUACUCAUUCUCUUGACCGUUGCCGGAAUUAUCUCUCUAGCACUCGGAUUGUACGAGACCCUCGGCGUGGAAAGACCUGCCGGCGCACCUGCUUCCGUCGACUGGGUUGAAGGUGUCGCCAUCUGCGCUGCGGUCAUCAUCGUCGUCCUCGUUGGAUCCCACAACGACUGGCAGAAAGAGAAGGCAUUUGUCAGGCUGAAUACCAAGAAGGAUGACCGUCAAGUCAAGGUCAUUCGUUCCGGAAGAUCAGUCAUGAUCAAUGUCAACGAGAUACUUGUUGGGGAGGUGCUCCAUUUGGAGCCUGGUGAUAUGGUUCCUGCCGAUGGCAUCCUGAUUGAAGGCCACGAAGUGAAGUGCGACGAGUCUUCGGCUACUGGUGAGUCCGACGUUCUCAAGAAGACUGCUGGCGACCAAGUCAUGAAGUACCUGGACUCGAAACACAACAAUCAUGAUGACCUGGACCCCUUUAUCAUCUCAGGAUCCAAGGUCCUCGAAGGCAUGGGAACUUACCUUUGCACUUCCAUCGGUGUCCACAGCAGCUUUGGCAAGAUCAUGAUGUCAGUACGCUACGAUAUCGAAGCUACGCCUCUCCAAAAGAAGCUUGAACGACUUGCCAUCGCUAUCGCCAAGCUCGGCGGAGGCGCAUCGGCUCUGAUGUUCUUCAUUCUGCUGUUCAGAUUCGUCGCCAGUCUUCCCGGAGAUCACAGACCACCAGCAGAAAAGGCAUCGACUUUCAUGGAUCUGCUUGUAGUUGCUAUUGCAAUCAUUGCUGUAGCAGUACCUGAAGGUCUGCCACUGGCUGUCACCCUGGCCCUCGCAUUCGCGACUACGAAGCUGCUCAAGGAGAAUAAUCUCGUUCGUGUUCUUCGAUCAUGUGAAACCAUGGGUAAUGCGACAACAAUCUGUUCGGAUAAGACAGGCACUUUGCUGACGAGGAGACAGACGACCAACAAGAUGACGGUUGUGGCCGGCACCUUUUCAACCAGCAGCUUCACGGCUUUUGCCCAGUCCGAGAACGAGAAGACCUCAGGAACACCUCACGUUACUGCCUGGGCCGCGGGCCUGCCCACGGCGACCAAGGAACUCAUCGUUCAAUCUGUUGCGGUGAACUCCACGGCGUUCGAGGGUCAAGAGGAUGGCCAAGCAACUUUCAUCGGAUCCAAGACCGAGACCGCCCUCCUUCAACUGGCGAAGGACCACCUCGGUCUGCAAUCGCUUGCUGAGGCCCGUGCCAAUGAACAGGUUGUGCAGAUGCUUCCCUUUGACUCUGGAAGGAAGUGUAUGGCUGCGGUGAUCAAGCUUCCCGACACUUCCAAGGGAUAUCGUGUACUGGUCAAGGGUGCCUCCGAGAUUCUUCUUGGGUACUGUGUCUCCAAGACUGAUCUGGAGACGCUGGCCGAGGAUGCCAUGACAGUCACGGAGCGACAGUCGCUGGAAUCGACCAUCAAUGAAUACGCCCGCCGCUCCCUCCGCACUAUUGGCAUCGUGUACAAGGAUUACCCCCAGUGGCCGCCUGCAAACAUGCCUUCAGAGGAUGGGCACGUCAAGCUCGAGUCUCUGCUGACACCUUCUGACCUGGUGUUCCUGGGCAUUGUCGGAAUUCAAGACCCAGUCCGAGCAGGUGUCCCUGAGGCGGUUAGACUUGCGCAACAUGCUGGCGUCACUGUUCGCAUGGUUACUGGCGACAACAUCGUCACUGCUGAAGCCAUCGCGACCCAGUGCGGUAUCUUCACGGGAUCCCAAGGAGUGAUUAUGGAAGGACCGGCUUUCAGGAAGCUUUCCGACGAGGAUAUGAACAACAUCCUUCCAAAGCUACAGGUGUUGGCUCGUUCGUCUCCUGAGGACAAGCGCAUUCUCGUGACAAGAUUGAAGGCCCUCGGGGAAACGGUCGCUGUUACGGGUGAUGGCACGAACGACGCUCCAGCUCUCAAGGCUGCAGAUGUUGGCUUUUCUAUGGGCAUUUCAGGUACCGAAGUUGCCAAGGAGGCUUCUGCGAUUGUGCUCAUGGACGAUAACUUUGCAUCGAUUGUGACUGCACUCAAGUGGGGUCGUGCAGUUAAUGACGCUGUCCAAAAGUUCCUUCAGUUCCAAAUUACCGUCAACAUUACUGCUGUAAUGCUGGCGUUCAUCACCGCCAUGUAUGAUCCUCACAUGGAGCCGGUGCUGAAGGCUGUUCAACUGCUUUGGGUCAAUCUCAUCAUGGACACCUUUGCCGCGCUCGCACUUGCGACGGACCCCCCGACAGACAAGAUUCUAGACCGGCCACCUCAAAGGAAGGACGCUCCACUGAUUACAAUCAACAUGUGGAAGAUGAUCAUUGGUCAAGCCAUUUUCCAACUCAUCAUCACACUCACGCUUUACUUUGCCGGCCCUGAGAUUCUCAACUAUGACCGAAACAGCGAGGACCAAAUGCUGCAGCUCGAUACGGUGAUUUUCAACACAUUUGUUUGGAUGCAAAUCUUCAAUGAAUUCAACAACCGACGACUGGAUAACAAGUUCAACGUUCUGGAGGGUGUCCACCGCAACCAGUUCUUCAUCUUUAUCAAUCUCUUGAUGGUCGGUCUGCAAGUCGGAAUCGUAUUCAUUGGUGGGCGUGUCUUUGAGAUCAAGGAAGGUGGCCUCGACGGAACUCAGUGGGCGAUCUCCAUCGUGAUCGCUCUCAUGUCUUUGCCCUGGGGUGUGUUGGUUCGCAUUUUCCCUGAUGUCUGGUUCGAAAAGGUGGCGGUCUUUCUCGGGAAGCCUUUCGUCCUGGUCUACAGAUUUCUUGGAAGGGCAUUUGCUCCUGUUGGCAGGUUAUUCAAGAGAAAGCCACGAGAGACGACCACAGCAGACGAGGAGGUACCCGCCACCAUUGUGAUCGCUCCUCUGGAGGAAAAGGGUCGACAGCCUUGA